AACACAGCAGGACGGUACCGUUCAAAACGAAACUCCGCUGUGCUACACAUUACCGCUGUGGUACGUUUUGUUCGGUAGUUUUUUCUUGUAUCGUUUUGUUCGGCGAUUGUUUAAUAAGUCGUUUUUAUGCUCACGGGUUCAUUUGUUCAUCGGUCGUCCUACUUUUUUCAAACUAGUUAGUUUCAUUUUGCACACGCUUCUCAAUCAAUCAAAGUGGACGGUCCAAGGGAAUAUGAAGCUUGUUAUCACCAUAUCCAUAUUUUUGUAUCUCAUUGUAUUAUGUCAAGCAGUGAACAUGGAUGAAUCAACAGAAGAGGAAUUGAAAAAGUUUAUCGAAAAAGGGCUUGAGAUUUACAAAUGGAUUGAAGAAGAAGAAAAGAAGCUACAUGAAGCGUUUGAAAAAAGCCAGCUAAAUGAUUAUAUUGAUUCUGAACCUGAAGUGAAUGCAAACGAAAGCGACAAGGACGAAGUCAAAAAUUCAGACCCCACAAAAACGCUCAUGAAGAUUGCCUGGAACGUUGCAAGGAAGAUGAUGAAAAAAUCCAAUAAUGAGCUUAGUUAAAUUCGAUCGGUUUUGUUGUAAGGCUGCACUUUAAAGAUUACUAGAUUAUUCAAGAGCAACAUAAGUAAACAAUAAGCAAUGUUUAUAAAUUGAAUUUUCCUAAUAAAUCAUUAAAAGGA